UCCCGACCGAACCGCCCGCCCGUUGGCUCGCUUGUCGCCGCCUUCUCCUCCUCUCCUCCUCCUCCUCCUCUCCCGUUGCAGAGUGCGCGCUCGCUUUCCCCCCUCCCCAAAAAGACGCCAAAGCCUCGCUCCGUCCGGCAGCUUUCGGGAGAUGCUGCGGCGAAGGCUGACCCGGUGAGCAGGACUCCAACCAAGCUCGCCUUCCCGGGGGAGGACGCCACCAACCUCCUUAAGGAGCCGCUCUCCAGGAGCAGGGACGCUAAGGCGCCCGUCCGGAGCUCACCCGGAGCCCCCUUCUCGCGGGGGCCGCGGGGUCUCUAACAGGUUGUCUGUUGGCCGGACGGAGAGAGGCGCAAGGAAGAGCCGACUCAACCGGGGAGAGGCGCCGGUGCUGCGCCAGGGCGCCCGUGCGCCUUUGGAGCCGUCCGGAGAACCUGUUGGGUGUCCGGUUUCUCUGAAGGCAGAAAGAACUUGGCGUCCCGGGAUCGAAGUUGCGGGAGCUUCUUGCGUUGCAGCGGCCCGGGGCACCGCCUUUUGGGAAGGGGGAAAGCAUCCUUUCCUCCCGUGCCUCCGUCGCCCAAGGGCGCACGCCUUGCCCUCCUCCGCCAGCGUCCCUCGGCGGGCACACCGGGAGCGGGGAAGACGGCCUAGCCCGUCGUCCCGCCGCUUCCUCUUCCUAAAUCCCGAGGGGCGGCGAGAGCAGCAUGCUGGGGGCCUCCCCCGCAGGCAGCGCCCGCAGCCUCGCCGAGUGACCCUCCAGGGUGGCGGCUAUGGCGGCAGCCAUCGCCAGCUCCCUGAUCCGCCAGAAGAGACAAGCGAGGGAGCGCGAGAAAUCCAACGCCUGCAAAUGUGUCAGCAGCCCCAGCAAGUCCAAGACCAGCUGCGCCGACAAGAAGAAGCUCAGCGUCUUCUCCCGGGUCAAGCUUUUCGGUUCCAAGAAAAGGCGGAGGAGGAAACCAGAACCACAGCUGAAAGGCAUCGUCACAAAACUUUACAGCCGGCAAGGAUAUCAUUUGCAGAUGCAAGCAGAUGGAACCAUUGAUGGAACGAAAGAGGAAGAAAGCACAUACACUUUGUUUAAUCUCAUACCGGUUGGUUUACGAGUUGUGGCUAUCCAAGGCGUUCAGACAAAGCUGUAUUUAGCGAUGAACAGUGAAGGCUACCUGUAUACAUCAGAGCACUUCACACCGGAAUGCAAGUUCAAAGAAUCCGUUUUUGAAAAUUAUUACGUCACGUAUUCUUCCAUGAUCUACCGGCAGAUGCAAUCGGGAAGAGGUUGGUACUUAGGUCUCAACAAAGAAGGCGAAGUCAUGAAAGGAAACCACGUGAAGAAAAACAAGCCCGCGGCACACUUCCUUCCCAAACCGCUAAAAGUGGCCAUGUACAAAGAACCCUCCCUCCAUGACCUUACCGAAUUCUCACGGUCUGGCAGUGGAACCCCGACGAAAAGCAGAAGCGUUUCGGGAGCGUUGAAUGGCGGCAAAUCUAUGAGCCAUAACGAAUCGACGUAGCCAGGACGGAGAAGCUAGAGGAGAGAAGAAGCAUCGCUUGGGGACUUUUUUUUACCUCUAGAUCUGCUGUGGAGUCCUUAUUUUUGCAAAAACCAACAAACAAACAAACACACCUACCAUUCAGCCCUUCCCGACAAGCCAACAAACUGGGAUAAAGUCUCUUGGCCUUUGAUCAGCUACUUUUGGACUUUCCGGAGGUCCCCAAAUCACCGUCAAUGAUUCGUGUUGAAGGAAAGAUUCCCCCCUCAGUGAUGUAAAACGCAAACACGGGCCUAGCCAGACAAAUAUGAAGCAAUGAUCUCGCAUUGAGUUUGCUUUUACUUCUUAUCUUCACCUACCCUCUUUUGGGGGGGGGGACAAAAAAAUAAAUUAAAAAAAUCCCACAA